AUGGAUGACGAACAACUUUUGGAUUAUGAGGAGGAGCAAGAGGAAACUCAUGAGCCGAAGGCUGCUGAGAAUGGAUCUGGUGAUGCCAAAAAGAUCAAGGGUAACUAUGCUUCAAUCCACAGCAGUGGUUUCCGAGAUUUCCUUCUGAAGCCUGAGCUUUUACGAGCCAUCAUCGAUUGUGGAUUUGAGCACCCGUCAGAAGUGCAACAUGAGUGUAUACCGCAGGCGAUUUUGGGUAUGGAUAUCGUCUGUCAAGCUAAAUCCGGUAUGGGCAAAACAGCCGUGUUUGUCCUAGCUACUCUACAGCAGUUGGAACCUGUUGAUGGAGAGGUGUCAGUGUUGGUCAUGUGUCACACUAGGGAGCUUGCAUUCCAAAUCUCGAAGGAGUAUGAAAGAUUCAGCAAGUAU